GCUUCGUUGACGGGGCAGCGCAGCAGCAAUGGCAGCCUUUUCUGAAUUGGGAGUUAUGCCUGAAAUUGCACAGGCGGUGGAGGAGAUGGACUGGCUAUUGCCUACUGACAUCCAGGCAGAAUCUAUUCCCCUCAUUCUUGGAGGAGGAGAUGUGCUCAUGGCAGCUGAGACGGGUAGCGGAAAAACGGGAGCCUUUAGUAUCCCGGUGAUCCAGAUUGUGUAUGAGACCCUAAAGGACCAGCAGGAGGGCAAGACGGGAAGAGCCACCGUCAAAACCGGAGGAGCCGUCUUCAACAAAUGGCAGAUGAACCCUUAUGACCGCAGUCCAGCAUAUGCAAUUGGCCCUGAUGGAAUGUGUUGCCAGAGCAGGGAGUUUAAAGAGUGGCAUGGCUGCCGCUCUACUAAAGGUGUCACAAAAGGAAAGUACUACUACGAGGUGUCCUGUAAUGAUCAGGGUCUUUGCCGGGUGGGCUGGUCCACAAGUCUGGCAGCUCUGGACCUUGGCACUGAUAAGUACGGCUUUGGUUUUGGAGGAACUGGAAAGAAAUCCCACAACAAGCAGUUUGACAGCUAUGGCGAGGAGUUUACCAUGCACGACACUAUUGGUUGCUACCUGGAUCUUGACAAGGCCCAGAUUUCCUUUUCCAAAAAUGGCACUGACCUGGGUUUGGCCUUUGAGAUCCCCCAGCAUUUGAAGAAUCAGCCUUUCUUUGCCUCCUGUGUGCUUAAGAAUGCAGAACUGAAGUUCAACUUUGGUGGAGAGGACUUUAAAAACCCCCCUAAGAGUGGGUUUGUAGCCCUGGAUCAGGCCUCAGAUGGGCACACAGUCAAGUCUUCUCAGACAGGCAGUGCCAAAGUGAGCCAAGUGAAGACGAUGUCCAAUGCACCCAAAGCCCUGAUCAUUGAGCCAUCCAAAGAGCUGGCUGAGCAAACCCUCAACAAUGUCAAUCAAUUUAAAAAAUAUGUGGACAACCCCAAAGUCAGGGAUUUGCUUAUCAUUGGCGGAGUGGCUGCCAAAGAACAACUAGCUGUUCUUGAGCAGGGGGUUGACAUUGUAGUAGGAACCCCAGGGAGGCUGGAUGACCUCAUAUCCACAGGGAAACUUAAUCUGUCCCAGAUCCGCUUCCUGGUCUUGGACGAAUGUGAUGGUCUUCUGACGGCAGGCUAUACAGAUUUUAUCAACAGGAUCCACAAUCAAGUCCCUCAAGUCACCUCUGAUGGCAAGAGACUGCAGGUCAUUGUGUGUUCAGCGACACUGCACUCAUUUGAUGUGAAGAAGUUGUCUGAGCGCAUCAUGCAUUUCCCCACCUGGGUGGACCUGAAGGGAGAGGACUCUGUUCCUGAGACCGUCCACCAUGUAGUGGUGCCCGUCAACCCCAAGCUGGAUCGCCUCUGGGAGCGCCUGGGCAAGAAUCGCAUCCGGACUGAUGAGGUCCAUGCUAAAGACUACACCCGACCAGGUGCCAACACUCCAGAGAUGUGGUCUGAAGCCAUUAAGGUGCUGAAGGGCGAGUAUGCAGUGAGGGCCAUCAGCGAGCACAAGAUGGACCAGGCCAUAAUCUUCUGCCGUACUAAGAUUGAUUGUGACAACAUGGAGCAGUAUUUUAUACAGCAAGGGGGAGGGCCAGACAGAAAAGGCCACCAAUUUUCCUGUGUCUGUCUUCAUGGUGAUCGAAAGCCUAAUGAGCGUAAAAACAAUUUGGAGCGCUUCAAGAGAAAAGAAGUGAAGCUGUUGAUUUGUACGGAUGUAGCUGCCAGAGGUAUUGACAUUCAUGGGGUCCCUUAUGUGAUUAACGUGACCCUCCCAGAUGAAAAGCAGAACUAUGUCCACCGUAUUGGCAGAGUGGGCAGAGCAGAGAGAAUGGGACUGGCCAUCUCACUGGUGGCUAUGGAGAAAGAAAAGGUGUGGUACCAUGUGUGUGCCAACCGAGGCAGAGGCUGCUACAACACCCGACUAAAAGAAGAAGGAGGCUGCACAAUCUGGUACAAUGAGAAAGAGCUCCUAUCAGAAAUUGAGGAACACCUAAAGUGCACCAUCACUCAGUGUGAGCCUGACAUCAAGGUACCUGUGGAUGAGUUUGAUGGGAAGGUCAGCUAUGGGAAGCGCAAAGCAUUGGGAGGUGGUCUUUACAAGGGUCAUGUGGACGUUCUGGCCCCAACAGUCCAGGAGCUCACCAGCCUUGAGAGAGAGGCCCAAACCUCAUUCCUCCACCUUGGGUUCCUACCUAACCAGUUUUUCAGAGCCUUCUGAACAUGGCCCAACAAGCACAUCCCUGUGGAAGAAGCAGAACAAAAGACAAAAGUUUAAUUUCACAUGCUGUUUUGCAUUUGAAGCUACAAUAUUAUUAAUAUGUCCAAGCCAACAAAAGUAGACUGGUUGCUUUUGUUUUUGUUUUUGUUUGUUUGUUUUUUUCCAGCUUAGUAUUCACCUUGCAUUGUACAAGAGUGUUCCUCUACAAAUGUGCAAAAAGUAUACAUAUGCCAGUGGGGGAGAAGCAGGUAAUUUGACGGCAAAAUUGGGAAGUACAGUGUGCAUGUUUAUAUCAAGCAAUGCAUACUUCAAGUUGUCAAUAUGGCAUAAUUGUUUAUGUUCACUAAACUCUUAAAAAUGUACAACUACGAAAUGAUGGAGCUUCAGAUGUGCAUGUGUGAGUUUAGAAAUAAGGUACCUAGUCAGUGCUAAGCUUCUUAAUCUAUCACCCGUAUGUGUGAUGUAUCCACAAUGCGUUGAACUUUUUCAUUACCUCCCAAGGUCAGCUUUUACACUACUAGCAUGCAAAGUGCUGCACACAACCCUUGCAGGCAGGACAGACUGGCCUCUAGUGCUAAUACUAAAAGAUAGAAUGUUUGAUUCUGUUUGAGUUAAAGCUCCAUGUGAUGCAGUAGAAUUAAAUGUUUACUUUCCGUUGAUUGCAUGAUCUGUAGGACAUUUUGAGUUGGAGUGGCUUCAUGCAUUUUUCUCAAAUAAAGUGCUGUGUUU